UAUCAAACCAAGACUUUAAAACCUUCUAAUUUCAAAAAAAUAAAUGAUGAUGAGGAUUUUUUUGAAAAACCACCUCAAAUCAACAUACCAUGGGAAGAAAUCGAAGAAGGAUUUGAUAGUCUUUUUGUUUGCAAGUCCAGUGAUAUAGUAAAAAAGAAGGAUUUAAUUUCAGCAAAACAAAUGAUACAAAAAAUAAAGUCCAAUAAAAUUUAUCCUAUUGAUAAAUUGGAUAAGUAUGAAAGUAAAUUAAAUAAAUGGAUCAAAGAAUUUGAAAGAGAUUUAAAGGAAUCUCAAUUAGAUGAUAAUA